CAAAUUACAGAGACAAAGAAAGUCUUUGGGUGUAACAAUUAGAGAAGGGUGUGCGGAGGAGCCCCCAGGCUCAGGUCUAUAUAGUCCGGCUUUCACCUGCACCAGCGCCAGGGAGAGGAGGCGAGGAGGUCCGGUCUGACCCGGAGCCCCCAGCGCCCACCGCCCACCGCGGUGGGGGCAGGGCCAACGGGAGGGGCUAUGUGUAGAAGGCGAGGCUGAGUAAUUGAAGUGAUUUACCAAGUUGAGCUAUGGAGAAGCCGGAGUCUCUGGCACCUGUUAGUGGUCUCAGUACGGAAUCCCCUGGCGGGGUUCGUAGGGCAGUACCUGGAGGUGUCAGAGGUAUACAAACAGACACCGGACUACCCUCCGGAGCAGGCUCGUUUCGCGGUCCUGGCUCCCUCCAGCAUUCCGGGAACUCUGUCCGCAGUCCUGGUCCAACCCAGCCCUCUGAAGGAGCAGUGACCCUCAAUUCGGGACCCGGUCCGUAUCUCCGGGAGGUUGCAAACCUUGGGUCCAGCACAUCCCCUAGCACUGGAACUGGUGCAACUAAGGCGUCCACCCCUGGGCCGGAGGAGCCUAAAGUGUACAGCUCGGAGAGUAGUACACACUCCGGGUCAUCUUUCACGGAACGGCCUCGGAGCAUCCUAAAAAACAGCAGCUCCAUUUUGAUAAAGAAACCCUCCAAUUCAGAAAAGAAGUCUCAGCGCUGGGAUGAGAUGAAUAUCUUGGCUACCUACCACCCUGCUGACAAAGACUAUGGCUUUAUGAAGGCGGAUGAGCCCCGAACCCCCUAUCACAGACUGCAGGACAAUGAUGAGGACCCAUCUGCGGAGUCUUCUCUCAAGGUGACUCCCGAAUCAGUGGCAGAGAGGUUUGCCACAAUGGACAAUUUCCUCCCCAAGGUCCUCCAGUAUGGAGACAACAAAAACUCAAAGACUACAGACAACUUUACCAAGACACACUCCACUGAUUUUGACAAGCAUCGAAAGAUACAUUACAGUGAAGGGAAGUACCUGAAGACCCCAAAAAACCUGCCCUCAGCCACUGAGGAGGAGAACACUGGGGCAGGCGCCAGCAUCGGCAGCAGCAACCAAGGUGUGGCGGCGGACCUGAAGUCUAGGCCUGUGGAGAAAGGCUGGGCAGGAAGACUGGCCACAGGAGUCAGAAAAGAUGGGGUCUCAAUGGCUGACAACUAUGUUCUAGACACCAAUGAUUCUGCUACCUAUAAAAACCAGUUCCCCUCAGCCUCAGACUCAACCGUUGGGGAGCUGGCUACUUUACAACGCAAGGAAUACUACAGCAAAGGAAGAUAUCUGAGGUCCUGCUCCCACCCAGAGCUUGGAGAGGAUAUAGAAGAUGAAGAACAGGACAUCAGUGGGUCACAAGUGUCAUCCAACUGUUGGGCUAAGGGGCAGAGGUGCCGAAGUCCAGGGAGCUCAGAAAAGGAACAUGGAAGUAACCAGAACCCUCCGUGCUGGAAUGGACGCAGACGUGAGCCUGGGCCAAGGCAAGGGAGUAACCCGCACUGCUCAGGGAGGCAGCUGGCUGAAGUGGGUAGGUUCUGGAGAUUUGAGGGUUACAUGGAUAAAAAGCUUACCCCUGCUGCAAGAAACCCUAACCUCUUCUUUCUCCAGAUGAAAAUUGCGGCUCCAGUGGACUCAGGAAAAAGAACCUAGACCAUGGAAAAUGUAGUCCCCUGGGGAUGGGGUGAGAGUAACCAUCCCUCCUCUUACCACUUUAAUGGACAAUAAAGAGAACAUCAGGAAUCUGAGUGCUGGGAAUUGGAUGUCCAGACUGGGCCUGCUCUGUGAGACUGGGAAAGUGGGAGCAGUGCCCAUACACAGUAACUGGGGAAGAAGAGCAAGAGAAGAAACAGAGAGCAGCCCACGGAACUGAACUCCUAGGAACAAGAACUUAGGGGCUAAAGCAGUAAGGUUGCAAAACCGAGCACAGUUUGUUCUAUGAAGUGAGAUCCUGGCUCAAAACACAAAACAAAACCUAGGGUUUUAAAAGCUAUUAGUUUAUUCAGUUUACCUGUGGAGGUUGGAGGUCAGAGGAACUUUCCAGAAUAAGUUCUACUAUCGCUUCUCGGCCUUUUGACUAAGAUCAAGUGCAGAGUAAGUUCUACUGUGGCUUCUGGGGUCAAACUCUGGUUGUCAGGCUUGAUGUGUGAUAAACACUUUUACACAGUGAGCCACUUUGCUGCUCCCAAAACCUAGGGUCUCAAAAAGGCCUUGCAGCAGGAUGUCAAUGUCUGAUAGAAUCAAUAUACCAUACAUUUAUUUAUACCAUCUUUGGGGAAGGGGGUUGAGACAGGGUUUCUCUGGAUUGCCCUGGCUGUUCUGGAACUCUCUCUAGACCAGCUGCCCUCAAAUUCAGAGAUCUGCCUGCUGAGUGCUGGGAUAAAAGGCGUGUGCCACCCCUGGCUUUGUUUCAGGGUUUUGUCUCCCAGAUAAGGGAAAUGAAGGGUCAGAGAACUUG